UGAAAGGUGAAAAAAAAAAAAGAGGGAACGAAUAGAGGAGAAAAAACGGGGCAGCCCCCAUUCGCUCUUGCAGUGAGAUUUCGUUUCGACCUUAAACGUAGGGAAGAACCCUAGACAAAGAAAAAAAGGUCGAAUUGGUUGGAUUUUCGUUUGAUUUUGGUUCCGUCAUACGAUUUGGUGGAAUUCUGUGUUGUGGGAUUUGGGUUGAGAGAUUGAAAGCUGUGUUCUUUGCUGUCUCUUUGAAUCCCUGUUUGGUGGGUGGGGUUUGUCUGAGGGAUUUUACAGUUUCUCGUUUUGGGUUAACCGGCGAUGGGGAAGAAGAGGAAAUCCGUGGCGACGAGCCUAGAUGAGGUGGAUCGGACCAUGUACACGACGUUCUGCAGCGCCGCCAGCUCCCUGACUCAGCUCUACACCCAGGCCGCGAACCACCAGAAGCUCACCUUCCAAGCUGGGGAGCGUCACGGCCUUGAAAAGCUCUAUCAGUGGAUUUGGCGGCAGCAAGAGGCUGGCUCGAGGGUGGCAACUUCUGAUGUCCUCAAUUACAUUCAGAAUGAGCUGGAUUACUGCGGAGAAGAGCCAUCAAUGUCUCCAAGAGCACAACCCCAGAGUAUCCAACCACCAAUGCAGUCAUUGAGUUCCGGCUUUCUGAAUUCCUCAAUUUCAUCAGGUUCUUCUGGACCCACAAGCGGUAGCCAGGUGACCCGUAACGAGCACUGCGACCAGCAAUCGAAGAACUCAGUCUUCUCCAAUGCUUUGUCCAGCCCAGUAAGAAGAAAUCUCCAGAACUACCACAUUGCUCAGGGUGGAGGCUAUUACCCAGCUGGUGCAGCAGCACCUCCUCCGGGGAACGGACCCCGCAACAACGACAGCACCUUUCUUCAGCAACAAAACCGGGAUACGCAUUCUAAUGAUUCAUCUAUGGACAUCUAGGAAGAGGAGGUAAAAGGGUUUUGUGCCAUGUGCCUGGUCGAAUAGACAACGAAGGCAUUGCAUUUCCUAAACCCUGUUUUCUCUACCUGCUGGCUCAUGUGGUCUCUUUAGGCGUGUGAAAACAAACAGGUUAGCAUCAGAUGAAGCAAUAAUCAGAUGUUGCUGCUUCUGGUGCUACUAGUUGAAGUGUGCAUGAAGAAGAAGAUUGAAGAAUACUGAAAACUUGACGUGGUUCUGCUUGGUGCAGCAAGGCUUUUCAUUAGUAGGGGGUCGUUUCAUUGAAAGGUAUACCUGGUUCUGUUAUCCUUUCUGUAAUUCUUGUUUUCAUUUUGAAUGCUUUUGUUGGGUCAUUCUGAAUUGGUUUGGCCGUUUGGGGGGUGGGAGUGGUCGAUCGCCAUGUAAAGUGAGUUUUUUGUUAAUUUGGUGACAAUCUCUUUUUUCUGUUUUCUUCUUCAAUGUUUCUAUUGUUAGUGUAAGGUGGUCUGUUGUUUGCUGUAUCUUCUCUUCUUUACUAUUGUAGCUUUAUCAUGCCAUAUACUAUAGCGAGACAUAAUGGUUAAAAUAGAAAUUUGCUCAAUAUAUCAUGUUGAAGUUCAGUUCCUUUGUUUUUCCAUUGAACUGUCUGUGUUAGGAGAGUAGGGUGUGUAGGGAUGGCGACGGGUGAAGGCGGAUAGUAUAUAUUCGUUAUCGUUUCUAAGUAGUUCGGGUGUUAGUGUUACUCAUCUUAUACCCACAUAAGAAUUGAAUAGAAAUCAAAAUCAUGUCCAUAUUUGUUUGGGUAUUGGGUAUUCACAUGUAUACUCACGUUGCAUAAGUAAAAAAAGUAUGGUAAUAAAUCACUAGAAUGUAGAAAAUUAACUAAAAUCGUGAUUUCACGAAUGUAUGCUAAAUUAAAAUAUGUUGAGAAAAUAAAAUAAUAACCAUUUCUAAACAAAAUACAUGUGCAUGUGUAUAAUUGGUUGGGUUCGGAUUGGAUAGUGUGUAAACCAAGCUCAUUUAUUAACGACAAUAUUUGGGUUCGACCCUUACCCAUUUCCGCUGAAAAUCCUUCAAGUUUGAGUUUACCCCAUCUGAUUAGGUCGGAUUGAAACGAAUAUCAAUGCAGCAAAAUUCUUCUGAUCUUUCUCGCGAUGCUCCAAAUGUUGUUUUUGUCACCAUUUUAUUUGCUUUGUUAUUUGAGUGGGAAUGAGCUCAGUUUUUCUUUCAUAUCUAGUAUAGGAAGCAAUGGGAAGAUGAAGAGUCUAAUGAUCAGCUCCUUUAUUUGCUCGUAAAAGAAUGUUUUAGAUGUGUGUUGAUUAAGAUUUAGUGGCUAUUAUAUGACUCAUCAACCAUGUUGAGCUUAAAUGUCUUGAGGCAUGGAGAAUUACCAUUAGAUAUCUAGCGAUAAGUAUUUAGUUCUACAUAAACAAUAUCUAGUAUGGUGGAAAUUGGUGCAUGUGUGGUUACCUGUUCACAUUUUGUAGGUAACCACAACCACAAAGUUAUAAUUAUGCUAACACAAUUCGCAUCAUAGUGGUUGUGGCUAUCUACUACUCACUAUGACUUGGUUGUGGUUACUCACGAAAUUUCAUCUUUCAAGAUAUGAAGCAUUGCAGCCUCCACCUAUGAAUCAUCUACUCUCUAGUGAAAUGUAAAGAUGUAGUAUUGUAUUAUUCGCGGAAAUAAAAAGUAUUUGGUAUUCGAUUUUGGCUUCUAAUAGAAAGAAAUGAAAAUCUUUGUUUUACUAAAUGCAAAUUAAUCACACAUGACUUGCACUAGAAUUUUUAACUAUGCCAAUGAGUUAUUUUAGCAUUCUACAAAAUUAGCACUUACUCCUUACAUUAGAAAUAUUAAUAAAAAAAUGUGGUAAAG